AUGCUGAGCGUUUGGUGGGUUGUCAAGGGAAUUAUUCAUUGGGACAUUCUUCCUAUUGGCUGCAUCGUCACUGUUGAUCUCUACUGUCAGCAAUUAGACCGAGUUGUAGCAAAACUUCACGGGAAGCAGGAUAGAAUUUAUUUUCCGCAUGACAAUGCUAGACCUCAUGUUGCAAAGUUAACGCAUAAAAAAUUAUUGAAGCUCGAAUGGAUUACACUCCCACAUCCAUCUUACUCUCCUGACUUGGCUCCAACAGACUACCAUUUCUUUCGUUCUCUUUCUAAUUAUUUAGGUGAGAAAAAAUUCGACGACGAGAACGACCUCAGAGCGGAACUGGCCAACCCAGUAUCAUCAAAACACUUGGUAUCAUAUCAAAGAUAA